CAUUAGAACAAUGGGAAAUAUAUCUAUAAAACAGAAUAUAAAAAAUUAAAUUCUAAAUAACUCAAAUAUUCUUAAUCAACCUAAGUUAUGACUAUGUGAUUAACGUGUAAAAGCUUGGAAAUAAAAACGCAGAGAUUUUAUAAGACGAAUCGUGCAAAAAGAUUCUACGAAACGAUUUGCUUGUUCUUUUAUAUUCACAAAAUUGUCUUAAGAGAAAAAUUGGGCCACAGUAUAAUUUCUUUUUUUGCUCACAGUAUUACGACGCUUAUCGCCAAGUGUCAACUAAUUCUAGAUUUUUAAAUCACAAUAAAUGUCUUAAAUCAUGACUACAAUAAAUGUCUUAAGUCAAGAUGUUGCAAUGACAUCACAACAGUCUCAAACACAAUCUCAACAGACACAAUUUGUAUCACAACCUCCAAAGCAGCAAGUAGUACAGCAACCAUCUACUCAACAACAACCACAACAACAACAAAGUUCCUUCAAUGAUUUUCCACAAUUUUUGACUAAAACAAGAUUACAAGAUCUUGUAAAAGAAGUAGAUCCUACUGAACAAUUAGAUGAAGAAGUAGAAGAAAUGCUAUUACAAUUGGCAGAUGAUUUUGUAGAAACAACUGUCAAUGCAGCAUGUUUGUUAGCCAAACAUCGUCAUGCAAAUACUGUAGAAGUAAAAGAUGUACAAUUACAUUUAGAAAGAAAUUGGAAUAUGUGGAUUCCUGGCUUUGGUACAGAUGAAGUACGUCCAUAUAAACGUGCAACAGUUACUGAAGCACAUAAACAAAGAUUGGCACUUAUACGAAAAUCAAUUAAAAAAUAUUAGUCUUUCUGUACAUUUCA